AUGGUUUCUGAUUCGGCGGCGCUGGCGUGGGGAACCAAUGGAAAGCGGGCUUUGGGGUUGCCAGGGAGAGCGCGGCUGACUUCCUCUUCCGGCGACUGGGGCACGAGGAUCCGGUGUCCCAACAGCGGGAAAAUGCGGCCUUUGACUGAAGAGGAGACCCGUGUCAUGUUUGAGAAGAUAGCAAAAUACAUCGGGGAGAACCUUCAGCUGCUGGUCGAUAGGCCCGACGGCACCUACUGCUUCAGGCUGCACAACGACCGCGUGUACUACGUGAGUGAAAAGAUCUUGAAGUUGGCCGCCAACAUCGCCGGUGACAAGCUGGUGUCGCUGGGGACCUGCUUCGGGAAAUUCACCAAGACCCACAAAUUCCGGUUGCACAUCACAGCUCUGGAUUACCUUGCACCCUAUGCCAAGUACAAAGUGUGGAUAAAGCCUGGAGCAGAGCAGUCCUUCCUGUAUGGGAAUCACGUGUUAAAAUCUGGACUGGGUCGAAUCACUGAAAACACGUCUCAGUACCAGGGCGUGGUGGUGUACUCCAUGGCAGACAUCCCUUUGGGUUUUGGGGUGGCAGCAAAGUCUACACAAGACUGCAGGAAAGUAGACCCCAUGGCGAUUGUGGUAUUUCAUCAAGCAGACAUUGGGGAAUAUGUGCGACACGAAGAGACAUUGACUUAAAACGAAACCAUCGCAAGGACGUAUGGCUGUGUGGAAGGGCCUAGCUUUGUUUCCUGUGUCUGUGUAGGCUCCACCAUCAUGUUGAAUUUGGUCAACACUGUGAUCUCUCCAGGGACUUCUUAGUUUAAUAUGGACAAAUGCAGGCUGGAUUCUUAUUAAGCAGAAAUGGGUCAAAAAUGGCGUUUCGGGUGUUUGUGUUUGCUACUAAAUAGAAUAUCGUGUUUUAUAUUUCAAUCAGAGGGCUUCUUAUUUUCAGUAAAAGAUUCUAAAUCAUUGGGAUUGAGGACAAGAAUAGCUCAUUGUUAUCUGUGAUAACACUGUUUUUCAAGCUCAUGGUAAGAACACAACAGGUUUUCUUAUUUAUUUAUUAAUACUAGAAAGGUAGAUAUUGCUGUAUGAGAAUAGUUGGCCAUGCCUGGGAUUUACAGAUGAAAUUUGGGUAAAAUACUAAGAGCCAUUUAUUCUGCUAGUUUUCCUUAUGAUGAGUGCUGUGUGUUGUGGAAGAAAACUUGGAUCCUAAACCUAGUUCUAAUACCUACCAGCUCUAUGAUGCUGUAGAUGAGUCAUUAAACUUUAAUGAGCUUCAUUUUCUCUGUUUCAAAAAACAGCUUUAACCAUCUACCUAAGAAUGGUUUUCAGAAUUUGCCUGGCAAAUGACAGGUGCUGACUAAGUGGUAAGAAUUGUUUUUAUGUUGCAUAUACUGAGUGUUUCUGCUACUAAGCGUAGGAUCUAAUGAGUAUAAUUUGAUUAUAUUAUUUUGGUUUUUCCAAGCUGUUUUCUGCAUCUUUUUCCUGGAUGGUGAUUUCAGGUUGAAUGUUAUUUUCAUCACCUUGGUUUCCUAAAACAUUUCCCUUAUGAACUUUUUACUUACCUUACUGGACUGGACAAAAAGCACUAAUCAGAGACCCUGAAAUAAUGUACCUCCUUCAUUCUUCCCCAUGCUUUCUGAAAUCAUUUUUAGAAUUAAAAUAUUUUUAAAAUGAAAGU